AUGCGAACUAAAUUUCGCCCAUGCAUUGAUCUCCAUAACGGAAAGGUUAAACAGUUGGUUGGAGGAAGUGUGAACGAGAAUUCUCCAGAGACAUUGAGGACGAAUUUUAUAUCAAACGAGCCGGCAGAAUAUUAUGCAAAACUGUAUAAAGAUAAUAAUUUGAGAGGAGCUCAUAUAAUAAAGAUUGGGCCGCAAAAUGAUCUAGCUGCUAGAGAGGCAUUGAAGAGUUGGCCAGGUGGACUACAGAUCGGCGGCGGAAUAUCUCUCGAUAAUGCCCAGAGAUGGAUCAGUCUUGGUGCCGAAAAGGCAAUUAUUUUCAUUACUCUCGAUUUGCUGAACGUGAUUGUUACAUCGUAUCUCUUUCCGGAUGCCAAGUUCUCUCUUGAUCGUUUAAAAGCACUUUCAGAUGAAGUAGGAAAAGAUAGAUUAGUUGUCGAUAUCAGUUGCCGUAAACAGGACGCCAAAUGGUUUGUCGCAAUGAACAAAUGGCAGACUAUCACCGACAUGGAAGUCAAUAAAGUCCACGCAGCUGAUGUCGAGGGCUUAUGUCAGGGAAUUGAUAGAGAACUUGUUGAACGGCUCGCCGAAUGGACAACAAUUCCGACGACGUAUGCUGGUGGCGCAAAUUCAAUAAACGACCUUGAAUUGGUCAAUGCACUGUCGAACGGAAAGGUUGAUCUAACGUUCGGAAGCGCGCUCGACAUAUUUGGUGGAACCCAAGUCAAAUUUGCGGAUUGUGUUGCAUGGAAUAAUCAAGAGUGA